AAAUCACGAAGUGAAAUAGACUUGCCAUUCAUGAACCCACACGUGUCACCAAAAUCUGUUUUUUGGAUGAUAUCCUCAGCCACACAAGCCAUGUAGCUACGUGGAUAAUCCCAGACCAAAUUACCCUUGCACACACUUUGGACAUGCUGGUUCAUUCAUAACCCGUCAAAUUAUACUUAGCACUCUCUAAUUUCCCUAAAAAUAUGAUUAUUAUUAUGUCAAAAAGAAAGAAAACUUAAAAAAAUUCUCCCUCCACUUUCAUCAUAAAUUUAAGCAGGAAUAAAUAUUUUCCAUCCAGCAAGUUUAAGCUCACCAAACAGUGGAGGGUUAUGAUGGUAAUUGUACAUGUUAUCUUCUUCCACAUUUGGUUUGUAUAGUAGGAGACAGUUUAAUCCGUUAACCAGAAAUGAACUCAAUCCCUUCUCCUCCAUCUGCUACACUCUUCACUCAGUCCAAAAAUCCUAACCAUCUCUUCAAAUUCAACCUCAAAGUUCCCAUCUUACCCUUCCAUUCUUCACCUUCCAAUCUCACCACACCAUGUUGCACUCUCAAAGACUCAACUUCAGUUUUGGACAAAAAUGCCCCUUCCUCCGAACAGAGUACCCUCAAUUACAUUCCACCUGAAGACUCAAACUUAGUUGAAGGAACACUCGUGGUUCGCCGACCGGUGAAGGAAUUUUCCGGCCAAAACUUUGAUGAGAAGGAAGAACAAGAUAAUUAUGAAACAGAGGAAGAGGAACCAAAAGCUUCUUCAAUUGAUGCCGAGCUAACGAAAUUUGCGAAGAAGAUGCCGAUGUUUGAACCAGGGAGGGUUGAAUCAGACUCGGAAAAGAAGCCUUUGACUGUGAAUUUGGACUUGACAUUAUAUAAGGCCAAGGUUUUGACAAGAAACUUUCGUUAUGAAGAAGCAGAGGAAAUACUUCAGCAGUGCAUAUACUAUUGGCCUGAAGAUGGCAGACCUUAUGUGGCACUUGGGAAAGUUUUGAGUAAGCAAUCUAAAACAAGUCAAGCUAGAGAGGUUUAUGAGAAGGGUUGCCAAGCUACUCAGGGUGAAAAUGCCUUCAUUUGGCAGUGCUGGGCUGUUCUUGAAAAUAGAAUGGGGAAUGUCCGGAGAGCAAGAGAGCUUUUCGAUGCUGCAACGGUUGCUGAUAAGAAGCAUGUUGCUGCUUGGCAUGGUUGGGCAGUUCUAGAGUUAAAGCAGGGAAAUAUAAAGAAGGCAAGGAGUCUGCUUUCAAAAGGUCUUCAAUAUUGUGGACAAAAUGAGUACAUAUAUCAAACACUUGCAUUGCUUGAAGCUAAGGCAAAUAGAUAUCAGCAGGCUCGAUAUUUAUUCAAUCAGGCCACAAAGUGUAAUCCAAAAAGUUGUGCUAGUUGGCUUGCUUGGGCUCAAAUGGAGGUGGAACAGGAAAAUAAUCGUACCGCGAGGAAACUGUUUGAGAAUGCAGUGCAGGCAAGUCCUAAAAAUAGGUUUGCUUGGCAUGUAUGGGGCGUCUUUGAAGCAAACUUAGGAAAGAUUGACAAGGGAAAAAAACUACUGACGAUUGGCCAUGCUCUAAAUCCGAGGGAUGCUGUUCUCCUGCAGUCUCUUGCAUUAAUAGAAUACAGACACGCAAGUGCAAACCGUGCUCGUGUUUUGUUCAGGAGAGCAUCUGAAUUGGAUCCGAAGCAUCAACCUGUUUGGUUUGCUUGGGGUUGGAUGGAAUGGAAAGAAGGAAACUUGAAUACAGCUAGAGAGUUAUACAAAAAAGCUAUAUCAAUUGAUCAAAACAGUGAAAGUGCUGCAAGGUGUCUCCAGGCAUGGGGUGUUCUGGAGCAGAGGGUUGGAAAUCUUUCAGCUGCUCGUGGAUUAUUUAGAUCCUCAUUGAAUAUAAAUUCUCAGAGUUAUGUGACAUGGAUGACUUGGGCAUCACUAGAGGAAGAUCAAGGAAAUCCUGUGCGUGCUGAGGAGAUUCGUAACCUUUAUUUCCAGCAGCGCACGGAAGUGGUAGAUGAUGCUUCAUGGGUCAUGGGAUUCUUAGAUAUUUUAGACCCUGCCAUUGACAGCUUGAAGAAACUCUUGAAGAUGGACCAAAAUUCGUUAAACAUGCCACCAGAUUCCAUGAGAAAUAUUACCAGACUGAAAAAAGACACGGUUGAUUAUUCUAGUGACAGCGAUGGUAAUGAUGAUAUGGAUGAUGAAAGCGAGUUUGAUUUGGACCGUUUCAUUAUGGAAAGGUUAUCCUUAGAUGUAUCAAACUUGGAAGUUCAACUGGAAACACCGAAAAUUUCCUCUCCGAACAAAAUUUUGUCUCCAAGAAAGAUAUGGCGACCAGAUAAUAGAAUUUCCAACAAAGUGUAAGUUCAAAAUACAAGUAAUAGUUCAGGCUUGAACUUGAACCUUGCAUAGUACAUAUCUGGGUCUUGUCAAAUUAACUUUGAAUAGUUCAAUUGGGUUGUUGGAACUUGUUCUGUUACAUGAGAUGUUUUGCCUUGUGUUGAAAAAGGAGAAGAAAUAAUUUAAAACAAAGUACAGUAUACUGAGUACUACUGCGAACAAUAUUGCAUUGUAUUCAAGGGUAAAAAAAACUUGUUCUUACCAAUGGUAAUAUACGAUACACUUUGUAUAGUAUACUCAGUACCAGCUUUAACAUAAAUGAACCAAAAAGCAUAUACUCA